AUGUUCCCCCUGCCGUCGGAUUACGUGACCGCGCAAAGUGCGGGCAGCACGUUCGCCGCCGACUACUACGGCCGGCUGAACGUGUCCGCCGAGUCCGUGGCCGACAUGUUCACCGAACGUUCGCGAUACUACUCGAUGGACUCGCUGAACGGACGGCCGGCGGUCGGCCGGGCAGGCGUUGUCCGGGAGGUGCGCCGAUUUUUGGGCACGUACAGCGGCGGCCGCCGUUUCGCGGAACUCGUGUCCGUGGACGCGCAAACCGACGGGGAAGACGGUGGUAGACGGGUGGAAAUAAACUUUGGCCGCGACGACGCCUACGACUACGACUACGAAGACGACGACGACGACGGCGGCCCACACUUGGCGGUGUUCGUGCACGCCGAGUUGACGGAUCCAAAGCGUCGGUCUCUGGCGCCGCUUCCGUUCGUCCAGAUGUUCCGUGUCCGGUGUCUGCGCGAUCGGUUUGAGAUCACCAUCACUGUCGUCAAGACGAUGGCGACCACGGUCCGACCACUGCUGCAGCAGCAGCACCACCAACUGCAGCGCCGUCAUCGGCAGCCGGACGACGAUCACAGGGGUAAUGAUAUCGCGUCGGAUUGCCAUCCCCUAGGUUUUUCUGAUUCUGAACGUGUAGAAAAAGAUUACGAAACAACAGGAGGAAAUUUUGUACAGAAUACAUAUGGAGGCUAUACAAAAAAAUUGAAUGCAGAAGCUCGAGAAUUCGAACUGUGGUCGGACGUGACGUCGCCACCGUAUCCCAUGGCGCAAUCUACGGACGACGAACGAGAAUCGUCCGAGGAGGGCCAGCAUUUGAACUCGUCCGACGAAUCGUGGUCGAUCCGCGAACAGUACUUGGCUUACCACGAGAAGGUGAAAGAGUUCCUGGGGCAGUCGACGGUCGACCGCCAACCGCAGCACCCUUGCACGGAAGUCAUCGCCGACGACGACGUCGGUCCGACAGAUCGGUUGAACGUAGACCGCCUGGACAAGUCGGUCACGGCCGACCAACUGUACGCGGCGUUCAGUCGUUACGGCAAAGUGCUGUGGGUGCGUGUGUUGCCCGGCGGCAACAGAUGUGACUGGUCAUCCGGUUCCGGUCCUCCGUACCAUUCGGCACGCGUCUGCUUCGACCGGAUCGAGUCCGUGGACAGAGUGAUGGCCGACUACCGUGGCCCGGGUUGCACAAUCAACGGUGUCCGUGUGUCGUUUAGCAAGUCGAAAUCGAGUCAAUAAUAUAAAAUUUUUUGUGCGACGCCGCCGAUGGAUCAACAGACACGUCGAGCACCGUGUUGUCGUAUAUUAUAAUAAUGUGUCAACGACGUUUCCGCACCUUUAUAUUAUGCACGGUAUGAUAAAUUACUAUUAUGCAACAGUGGUUGUAAUUGUAAAAACCUAAAUCAACGCGCGCGUGAUUUACCGUUUAAAACGGUCUAAACAUCUAUCGGUGGGUAACAAUAUGUGAAGUAGACAGGCACUCGGUUAGUUACGGAUUAAUUUUAUGUCAUCUGCCAUAAAUUCGAGAGCUUUGCGAGUUGUUAUAGGACUUUGUCGGCGAGAUCGGCAAGAAUGCUACACGUGUUGGUUAUA